ACAACUAGCUAGUUAGCGGCCGAUGGAAACAAAACCUGACUCCACUGAAAGCAAGUUGUAAACCUUGACUGUAUUUCGUUAACCACAUUUGCUCUCGGUUUUGACCGCAUACCAAUUUUUUUUUCGUGGUGAAGAUGGGGGUCCCGAAAUUUUACCGAUGGAUUUCAGAGCGAUAUCCUUGUCUCAGUGAAGUUGUCAAGGAACAUCAGAUUCCAGAAUUUGACAAUCUCUAUCUGGACAUGAAUGGGAUUAUCCACCAGUGUUCCCACCCGAACGACGAGGAUGUCCACUUUCGCAUCUCUGAGGAAAAGAUUUUCGCUGACAUCUUCCAUUACCUGGAAGUGCUUUUCAGGAUUAUCAAGCCCCGCAAGGUCUUCUUCAUGGCUGUGGAUGGUGUGGCACCAAGGGCAAAGAUGAACCAGCAGAGGGGGCGGAGAUUCAGGUCUGCCAAAGAAGCCGAGGACAAGAUAAAAAAAGCCCUGGAUAAAGGAGAGGUCCUCCCCACAGAGGCUCGCUUCGAUUCCAACUGUAUCACUCCUGGCACUGACUUCAUGGCGAGACUUCAGGAGCAGCUCAAAUACUUCGUCCACAACAAGCUCUCCACUGACAAGCUGUGGCAGAAUGUCAGAGUCUACCUGUCUGGUCAUGAGACGCCGGGUGAAGGAGAACACAAGAUCAUGGAGUUUAUUCGCUCUGAGAACUCAAAGCCGGGUCACAACCCCAACACCCGACACUGCCUAUACGGCCUGGAUGCUGACCUGAUAAUGUUGGGUUUAACCAGCCACGAGCCAAAUUUCUCGCUGCUCAGAGAAGAGGUCCGCUUUGGAGGAAAGAAAUCACAGAAAAGGAUAACGGCUCCGGAGGAGACGACUUUUCACUUACUCCACUUGUCUCUGAUGAGGGAGUACAUUGACUAUGAGUUCUCUGAGCUCAGGAAUCACAUUGGUUCUGAUUAUGACUUGGAGCGAAUAAUAGACGACUGGAUUCUAAUGGGCUUCCUAGUGGGAAAUGAUUUCAUCCCUCACCUUCCCCAUCUUCACAUCAACCACGAUGCUUUGCCUCUGCUAUACAAGACGUACAUCAGUGUACUACCGAGCGUGGGGGGUUAUCUGAAUGAGAACGGACAUCUAAACCUCAGAAACUUUGAGAAGUACCUGGAGAAGCUUGCGGAGUUUGACCGGGAACACUUCAGCGAGGUGUUUGUGGACUUGAAGUGGUUUGAGAGUAAAGUUGGAAACAAGUAUCUGAAUGAGGCGGCUGGACUUGCAGCAGAGCAGGAAGCCGCGAGCAAAGAAACCAACAAGAUGGAGGACUCUUCCCUCUGUCUGGCAGCUCUGACCUCAUCAGAUGAAGUGAUUGGAGAAGGAAAGUUAGCAGCGGCAGAAGAUGAGGAGGAGGAGGACGAUAUUUUUGAAACUGAGUUCAGACAGUACAAACGCACCUACUACAUGACCAAGAUGGGCGUGGAUGUGGUGUCAGAUGAGUUUCUUGCCAAGCAGGCCAAGUGUUAUGUGGAAGGCAUCCAGUGGAUUCUCCACUACUAUUACCACGGGGUUCAGUCCUGGAGCUGGUACUACCCCUACCACUACGCUCCCUUCCUGUCUGACAUCAGGAAUAUAGCUGGGUUAAAACUGACCUUUGACCUCGCAAAACCCUUCAUGCCCUUCCAGCAGCUUUUGGCUGUCCUGCCUGCUGCCAGUAUGGCGCUGCUGCCUGAGUGUUACAGGCACCUGAUGACCAGUGAAAGUUCACCCAUCAUUGAGUACUACCCUCUUGACUUUAAAACGGACCUCAAUGGGAAGCAGCAGGAGUGGGAGGCUGUGGUGCUCAUUCCCUUCAUAGACGAGAGGUGCUUACUAGCAGCCAUGGAGCCCUACAGCCACAAAAUGACUAAAGAAGAGAAAUCCAGGAACUGUCACACAGAGUGUGCAGUCUACUCUUACGACAGUGAGUUAGACUUCACAUACACCUCCACCCUGCCUCAGCUGUUCCCCGACAUCGUCCACUGCCAUGCCAGGAAAGCACACAUCCCCAUGGACGCCUGGCAGGUGCCUUUGGACCAUGUCAGCAGGCCCAUCGACCGCUCGGCUCUGUACUUCUGUGGCUUCCCCACUCUACAGCACAUCAAACACAAGUUUUUCAAGAAGAAGAGCGGGGUGGUCGUAUUCCAGCAGAGCAGCCGAGGGGAGAACAUGAUGCUCGACAUCCUUCACAGCCAGGAAGGAGAGACGUUAUGUGAUGAUGUUGCUUCACAAGCACUGGGGAAGUCUGUGUUUGUGAACUGGCCCCAUCUAGAGGAAGCUCGUAUCAUUGCAGUGUCAGAUGGAGACACCAAGUUUUGUCUGGAGGAACCACCUGGUGUCCAGAGAGUGUAUGACCGACCCUCCACCCCUCCUCCCACCAAAGUCACCUGCAUGUCUGACAAGGAGCAGAAGGAUUGGGUGAAGGAUGUCCAGGGACUAACUGAAUAUUUCUUCAAGAGGAAAGGCAUCAUAGUAAACGAUACAGAGGUGGUUUUGUACGGCCAGUUGCUGACAGGAUGGAAGUAUGUCCCCAAAGCCAACGGAGUGGUGGAACUAGAGAAACAGUGGGCCAAACAAGUUCUUCCUUUCGCCCACCAGACCGUGGUUAAGGACAUCAAGGCCUUUUACUCGUCUCUGACCUGUUUUAAGAGCUUGGACGAGCUCUUUCCUCAAGCGACUUCCGUCUUCAUGGUGGGGAACCCGUACUACGGUGCCAUGGGAGAGGUGCAGGAUUCUAGUGACGUCAUCAAAGAUGGCCGCGUACGCGUGGUCUUCAACGUGCCGCAUGAACCGCAGCUGGAGGCCUUGAUCCAGAAUCAGCAUAAAUACUGUGUGAAGUACAGUCCCGGAUAUGUUCUGGCGUCUCGUCUCGGCAUCACGAGCUACCUCGUCUCCCGCUUCUCAGGAAGCAUCUUCAUUGGCAGAGGCUCUAAGAAGAAUCCCUGUGGGGAGCAAAGAGCUAACGUUGGCCUGAACCUCAAGUUCAACAAGAAGAAUGAGGAGGUUCCUGGAUACACCAAGAGAACUGAGAAGGAGUGGCUCUACUCAGCUGCUGUGGAGGAACUGCUCGCCGAAUACCUGGACAGAUUUUCGGAGGUUUUCGACUCGGUGUCCAGAAACAGUCAUGACGAUGUUUUCUAUGAGGACGACAUCUGGCCUGGGGAGGACCAGAAUGGGGCAGAGAAGGUCGCCGAAAUCACUUCGUGGUUGAAAAGUCACCCGGUCAGCUCCAUCAGCAGGGCGUCAUGUGAUCUGCAGGUGCUGGACUCCGCCAUCGUGGAGAGGAUCGAGGAGGCGGUGGAGAAAACUAAGGUGAAGAAGAGCACCAAGAAAGUCCGUGUGACUGUCAAGCCUCAUCUGCUCUUCAGGCCGUUGGAGCAGCAGCAGGGUGUGGUUCCAGACCCGGAUGCAGAGUAUCGCCUGUUCGACAGAGUGGUCAACAUCAGAGAGAGCUUCACCGUCCCACUGGGACUCAGAGGAACCGUUGUCGGCAUUAAAGGAGCGGAGCGUGAGGCGGAGGUUCUGUAUGAAGUGCUGUUUGAUGAAGAAUUUGCUGGUGGUCUCAACAUCAGGUGUACCUCGCCUCGUGGUUACCGCCUCCCUCCCUGCGCUCUCAUUAAUCUUUCCUACGGAGCCCGAGUGGAUCACACCUCCCACAAACUCACCGCCAUCGUCAAACCUCAGCCCGCCGCUGGCGCUAACUUCAACUCACACCGGCAGCUGGCCGGCCUCAACCAUUCGCCGCGGUCACCCUUCAUACCCACACAGCAUAACAACAAACAAGGUGUGAUGAAGGCGGGCUCCCAGGGCAACAGGAACUCUCCCUCUAAGGGUCUCCAGAAACAACAGGGCAAGAGUAAAGAGGAGUACACCAAUGUGUGGCAGUCUCUGCAGAACUCGGGCCCUCCGAACAAACCUCCCGCUCACUGGCAGAAUAAUGAAGGACACCCACAGCAGGGGAAGAACCAGCACACAACCCCCAACAAAGCUGCUCCAGUUGGUGGCAUCAGACUGCUGAAGAAAAAUGAGGACGUCGACUCUCUUUUCCCCUCACAGAACACAGCCAAUAAGACUUCCACUGAGUUUGAAGAUCUCAUUGCCAGUCUAAAGAUCUCUGCGGGAAGCCAGCAGACCCCACCUCCUCCUGCUCUUCCACCGGCACCCACCAGCCAGUCAGACGGCCCUCUGUCUCCGCAGUCCUUCGCCAUGAAGGGAACCCUGGUACUGAAGGAGAUGCUGAAGAUUGACGGUGCUGGAUCAGGAAGUCCCUCCUUCCAGGACACCGCCCCCUCUGGAGGUCAGCAGGGGAACAGGAGACGAUCAUCCAAGAAACUAGCGGCAAAGAUGAACGUCCCCCACGGUGACUCGGUCGCAUUAACUUCUCCUGCAUCAGCCGCCUCCACCAACACUGUGCUGAGCAGCAAGGUGUCAGAGCUGGCGUGCGUCUGUGUGGGGUUAGGCAUGGCACCGCCCGACUUCAGCUAUAUAGGCAACAGACAGGGUCUCGUCGUGUGUCAGGUGAAGCUGUCCAAUGGGUUGAUGGUUCACGGUCCACAGUGCCAGUCAGAAAAUGAUGCCAAGGAGAAAGCUGCCUUCUUUGCCCUCCAAAGACUGAACUCAGUGGGAUCAGGCUUCCCCCUCCCACCUCCUCUAUACCCAGGAGUGGGUCAGAUACGACCUCCACCCAUGGGAGCCAUGAACCCGGUCUUCAACCAACAAGGUGGCUUGCUGUUGCCCCACCAGGGUUACGCUCCUCCCCCUCUGUGGGGAAUGGCGCUGCCUCCGCACCACCAGAACCAACCCUUUUAUGGAGCAGCAGGAACCUUCCCUGGCGCCGCCCGCCCCCAGCCCGCUACAACAUUGCCCAUCGGCUCACACAACCAGUUCAUCCCGCUACAGGUGACCAAGAAGCGGGUCUCAGCCAAUAAGAAGAACCAGGAAACUCGAGAAUUUUACAGCGCCGCCCACACCGUGGCCAGGAACCAAUCACAGAGGGCCAAGAACCCGACCUCUGACCAAUCGCACUUUCAGAGUGAACCACUGAGCGGUAAAGCCGACCAGCCACGCCAACACGCCGCCAACAGCAACCCCUGUUCGUCCAGCGCCAGCCUAGCAGAUGCCAUUUCCACGAUGACAGCGGCCCCGCACACGCCCCCUCGACAAAACAACCCGUCAACAGGCCACACCCCUGGCUCCGCCUCCAAGAGGAAGCACAGGAAGCUGGCUGUCAACUUCGAGGCGGCUAAAGUCUCAGAGUGAUGAGCUGGGGUUUGUGAGUGAGUGAGUGUGUGUGUGAGGACAGAGGUGUGUGUGUAGUGUUCUUAAGUUACUGUUUCAACGCCUGACUCGGGAUCUCUGAUCAAAGUUUCUGUUCGCUCAACAUUAAAACAUUGAAAGCAGCUUCAACUGAAACAAGGAAACAGAGGAAACUUUCUCCUCUUGUUUUACGCAUCUGCCUCUAAACACAUUUCUUAAUUAUCCACCAUGUGACUGAACUCCAUCGCCCCUCUGUUGCUCACUCAGUGUUGUCGUUGUAAACGUCUGUCAAACCUAUCUAUUGUAGUUGUAAACUCCCUCUGAGAUGUUGCCUUCUUAAGUUUUUUCUUUGUGUGUCCAGAGUGAUCCUACAGGUUUCUGUAGACUAAACGUACUGUGGUGAAAAGGAAGGGUGCAUUCUGGGAUGCAGCCAUACGUCCUGUUUUUCUUUUUCGGAGUAAAAGAGGUUACUAUUGUGGACCAGAAUUCCUCUUUGAAACAUGUAAAGGAAAGCUAAGAUUUAUUUCAGCUUGCAGUUUUAUUUUUUAUGGGUCCUAAUUACUAAUGAAAUAAUUGCUGAUAUCACGAAACAUCGCUACAAACAUCGAGCAAGGCAACAUCCCCUUUUGUCCAGCGAGGCGGCAAAUACAAGCACUUAGGCGAUCACACUGGUUGUAAAAUGGAAACCAGGUUCAUCAAAUGUUUCUAAGAGAGAAAACGAAGGUGAGCAGUAACAUCAUUCCCAAUUAUUGUCCAGUGUAAACAUCCAUCCACAAAGCUGCUGCUGUAGUUCAUGCACUCUCAGUUUUUGUGUGCAGUGAGGGAGUAUUAGCAACAUUUCAGGUGUGCUCACCUUCAGUUUUCCCUCCAGAUACAGCGGUAGUUGAUCCCAUGAUCUGAUUUACUGUCUCAGCAAGUUUUGUGAGUACAGCGUCGUAUCAUAACUGAUCCUUUAGACUCCUGAACUUUAGGCUCCCGAUAUAGAAAUGUUGAGAUCUCGUGAAGUGAAGCACUGCCUCGGAAGUGCGUCGUCUUCAUUUGAUAUUACAUCUGAAACCACCAUGUUGAAACAUAACACAUGGCUCAUGUUGGAAAACAGAUGAUUCAGGCUUUAGUUACUGUAAAAUACCUGAGUCAGAUUUACAGUUCCUCCACAGAUGUUUCUUUUUUGGGUACAACUACGGCCGAUAGAAAACAGAAAUAAAUGUGGUCGGUGUUACUGGAUAUUUUUAUUCUGUUAAGCGUUGCCUUGUACAGGAGACAUUAUGGUGACAGACUGAGAACGCACGUCUGAAUGCUGAUUUGUUGAGAUCCAUCAUGCUCCUGGUCACACAGUGCCCUUGAUAUUUUUGGAAACCCUCUUGAAUCAAAAGUUAGAUCUUGGUUCUCAGGGACGUGUAGCUGUGGUAGACGCCCUCUUCAUACAUUAGACUCAGAUUUGCACUGCAGUGGCUGCUGCCUGCUCUCUCUCUCUCUCUCUCUCUCUCUCUCUCUCUCUCUCUCUCUCUCUCUCUCUCUCUCUCUGUCUCUCUGUCUCUCUGUAUGUCUGUCUCUCUCUCUCUCUCUCUCUCUGUCUGUCUGUCUCUCUCUCUCUCUCUCUGUCUCUCUCUCUGUCUCUCUGUCUCUGUCUCUCUGUAUGUCUGUCUCUCUCUCUCUCUCUCUCUGUCUGUCUCUCUCUCUCUCUGUCUGUCUCUGUCUCUCUGUCUCACUCUCUCUCUCUCUCUCUCUCUCUCUGAAUAAUGGUAGACACACUAAGUUAUUUACAUGGAUGUAUUUUUAGAAAACUAUUGGCCAUGUUUUGUUUUUUUUAGGGAGAGUUGGUGCAGAAAUAGCAGCCUUCUGUCAUGGCUACACUUCUACAUACUGCUCACAGUUUAUGAAUCAUUGCAGUCAUUUGUAUCAAAAUACAUCUGCUUUUGUCAGGUUUGGAUCAGUGGUGUUAAUCAGGCCGAUAUUGAUUAUCUGUUUUAAUGUUUCCCAUUUAAUUGUGAUCAUUAAUAUCACAUUAUCAAGUUUCACAGCCUUUUAUUUCCCUCAGACAUUUGCUGCAUUUUUAUACUUUUUUUUUUUUUUUUUAUCGUCUGUGAACGACACCUCCAAAAUAAAGUCUGAACACAUUGAAGAACUGAUUGGAAUACAGCCCACACCCCCUAUAUACACACACACACACACACACACACACACA